AUGCCUCCUCGAAUAUCUCCUUCCGCGGUCUCUCUCACCUUACCUGCGACACCCACAAUCCACACCCACUGCAAAUCAUGCUUCCAGCGCGCCUUUUCCUCCACUCCAUCGCUGUCACAACAGACUAAGCUCCGCGAGCAGUUCUGGCUAUGGCUUCGCGGACCCGGAGAGAACUUCCGCCACCCUCUUCCAGGGUCGACCAACUACCUAUCCGCAUACGACAGGAGAGGGAACCUCAUUCGCGGUCGAGGCCAAGAAACGUCAGGAGAGUCUGCGAAGGAAAAGAGCCAGGAAGAUGCCAUGACGGCCGACGAAGAAGCUCUUGAAGCAGCUGCUACAGAACAUGAGCAGGAAUACAAACUCCCUAAAGAGACAUUGGAGGAUCUGCGGCCGUUUCCUUGGAACAAGAGCUUUGUGAGCCAGAGUAUUCUGUCAGAGGAUCUCAGAAAUGAGAUUUGGGAAAGAGUGCAACGGCAACGGAAGUCAGUCAGGCAAGUUUCGAUGGAGAUGGGCGUGGAUAUGAGGAGGGUGGCUGCAGUCGUCAGGCUGGUGGAGGUUGAGAGGAGAAUGAGGACAGAGGGCAAACCUCUCGCGAUCCCAUAUGCUCGCGCCGUCCACGGCAUGGUGCCUCUCACGACCCUCAACCCGACAACGCGAUUGCCCCAUGAGCCUCACGAAUCCAUAAACGAUCUGGAACAGCACCCGUUGACCUUCCCACAAAUCUUCUACCCAACCUCCGAGUCACGCGCGUUCAACCGUACCGAUGCAGGAAGAGUAUUUAGCGGUGCACCACGACUCUCCGACGAGGAAGAGAACGCCAUAAACGAAGGAGUCCAUGAAGCAUGGCAAGACUCGAAACCCGAGAUUAUCGGCAGACCGGGCCAGACACGCACAGUUUUGAAAGCGGCAGAUUCACGCAUUCCGCACCCACAUUUGAUCGCAUUUGAAAAGGACAAGCUGGACCGGUCCCUGUCACCGCUUGAGAGACGUGCGCGGCAUCGUGAGCGCCUGGCAAAAGAUGAGGAGAGACGGCGAACUCUGAAAGCGAAGCUGCAGAAGGAGGAGGAAAGCAAGAAGACGAGGAUUGAUGUGGGCAGGUGGCAGUUUGUGGUUACUGAGGUGCAGAGUACCAGACAGGGAACCGGGCUCGAUGGACGGGGAUCAGGGAAAAACGCGGUCGGUCAGAGAUAUGGUGUGCCGAGCCAGGAGAGGAAGAAGGGUCAAGUCAAGAUUCCCACCAAAGUGGAGGUGUAG